AUGGCAGCUGUUUUGCGAGCCCAAGUUCUGAAAGAAUACAAAAACUGCUUCAAAGCGUGUAAUUUGGUCUUCAAGGGCGACCAGUAUGCUCUCAAACAGAUGCACCAGAAGACGAGGGAUGAAUUCCGACAAUAUCAAGAUCUCAAAGAAGAAAAACUUAUUCAGGAAAAAUCAAAUUCGCUUCCGAAGCGGCCGAAGGAACGGAAUUUCUAA